AACUUCAGACUAAACCUUGUACAAACAUAUUGCGUACAUAACCUCUUCGAUUUUGGUUAUAUACCCGUGGUGGCUGUCAAAACAUCUUCCGAUAGUCAUGUCGGAAGAAAAUCCAUCAAGUUCGGAAAAUAAUGGGAGAGAUGCUUCGACGCUAUCGGAAUUAUUCGACAAAGCGUUCGAGUCGUUUAACAAUAUCAAUAAAACAGAUGAACCUACCAACAGUUCUAAAAUUCAGUCUGAUAUCAGACGAGCCAUGAAUAUGUUAGAAGAAGCUACGAGGCUAGUCUCCAUAGUCGAUAUGUUUAGCCAGAACGAAAGUUUCGAAGAAGUGGCUACAGAAAACAUCAAAUACUUUUUACUGCCAGCGUUCCUUGGUACACUCACUACGAAAAUUUGUAAUACAGAUGACCGAAUGAACAUCGUUAACGUAGCCGAGAUUUAUUUUGUGGACUUUUUGAAACGCGUUAAGGCUUAUGGUUUGACCGACAUUCACAUACCGGAGAUUAAACCGGAGCGCGAGAACGAAAGCGUGCCUGGGAAGGUUCGAACGAACGCGGAGUUGAUUACUGAGAUGGUAAAUCGACGAAACACGAAACUGCAGAGGUUCAAAGAGCAAAAACAGUUGGAAUCGCGUCUGGAGAUAUUGAAGAAAAGUCUGCCCGAUCCAAACAUUGACGACGAAGUUAAAAGAGAUUAUUUCGUAACGCUUAUAAAAUUGUACGUGAACCUGACGAUAGAAGAGUUGAACUCGUUGGCAGCCGAAAAGCCAAUUUUGGAGCAUAUGAAAAAUAUGGGAAAGACCGAAACCAUGUCUGCCCAAAGCGUUUCGCAGAAACGUAAACCGUCCCCGCCAAAAUUACGACCGAUCAUUAUUACCCGAAAUGACGUCGAGAAGAAGGUGUUUGGAGCUGGUUAUCCUAGUUUACCCGUUCUCACCGUACAAGAAUUUUACGAACAACGUGUGAAAGAUGGAGACUGGCCGGGUCCUUUGCAGCAACAGCAUCAAACAAAUUCAAGAUGCUUGCAAGAUUUGGCAAACAGUAGUGAAAUGGAUAACGAAGAGCAAGAGGACAUUAAAAAAGAAGAAAUGAUCGAGGCAGAUGAUCCGGAGACCUUGAGACAAUUACGUGCCAUGGAUGAAUACAAAGAUACGCAUAGAAGAGGAUGGGGCAAUCGUGCUAAUAGAAGUUGAAUGGAAAUACAUAUAUAUAUCAAGAAUGUGCUAGCAAACAGGAUUUAUAUUUAAUUUGUCAGUUCUGUGUACAAUGUUUUAUCGAUAACUUUUGGAUGUUUACCAGAUUAAACCGGACUCUUAUCUUAAAGAUAAGAUGUGUCUUCAUUUUCUGAGAUCGAGGACGACAGCCCUCAAAGAUAACUGUAUUUGAUUAUGUUACAAUAGUUUGGAAUAAAUAAAAGAAUUACGCAUUCGUAAA